UGAGUCUAAACUUGUUAUCUGCACAUCUCAGGAUCAGCCUGUGCCUUAUUUUACAUAUCAGCCUGCCUUGGCCUAGGCCUAGCUAAGCUAAGACUGCUAAGUUGAAGACUUGAAUAUAGCUUAUUGAGCAGCCUUGUACAAAUUAUAGCUAAUUGGUCUUAUAGCUUUUGUGGGUUGUGUUUGAUUUUGGGGAGGAUUAAUCAAAAUGGGAAGGCAACCAUGCUGUGACAAAGUAGGGUUGAAGAAGGGGCCAUGGACAGCUGAAGAGGACAAGAAGCUCAUUAACUUCAUCCUCACCAAUGGCCAAUGCUGCUGGAGAGCUGUUCCUAAGCUUGCAGGAUUGUUAAGGUGUGGAAAAAGUUGCAGGCUGAGAUGGACCAACUAUCUUAGGCCAGACUUGAAGAGAGGUCUUUUAUCAGAAACUGAAGAGAAAAUGGUCAUUGAUCUUCAUGCUCAACUUGGCAACAGAUGGUCUAAGAUUGCCUCUCAUCUCCCUGGAAGAACAGACAAUGAGAUCAAAAAUCAUUGGAACACCCACAUCAAGAAGAAGUUGAAGAAAAUGGGGAUUGAUCCUCUCACCCACAAACCAAUUGCUAAUGAUGUCAAUGAUCAAAGCCAACAAGAACAAAGUCAAAACCAACAAGAAGAAGCACAAAAAUCUUGUCCAGCUAAUGACACAUUUGAAGUUGAGCAAAACACCCCUGCUGCUCAAGCCAUAGAGGAGGAAGGAGGAGGUGAUGAGUUGGAUAAAAUGGAGCUCUUGAUUGAUGGGUUCUGCACAGAUGACGUUCCAUUGAUUGAGCCACCUGAGAUUCUGGUCCCUUGUGCUCCUUCCUCUUCUUCGUCAACCUCUUCAUCUUCAUCUUCUUCAAAUUCAGCAUCCAACUUCCUUGAAGACCUGCAUCUCCCAGAUUUUGAGUGGCUUUGUGAUUACAGCAACAACAAUGACAACAUUGGCUUGUGGGAUGAUGACUUCAGCAGUUGGGGUCAAGAAUCUUGGGCAUAUGGGAUUUUGUGAAAAGGGGAAUUAACAAAUUUUCCACUUGGAUUAUUUGUAAUUUGCUUGUUACUUUUGUUUUUUAAAGAGUAGAAAAUAAAUUAUAAGAGAAUAGAGAAAACCACAUCUUUGAAAAAAUCACAAUUUCUUUUAGAUGUGACAUUGGAGUGGAGUGAGCAAAAGGCAAUCCCCAGAUUCUAAUGUUUUGUAAGAAAGCCAAAAAGCAUGUAAAUCAUUUUUUACUCUUUAGAAAGUGAAAUAAAAUAAAUUAAAAUAAGGUUUUUGUGUGUUCAUGGAAGCAUUUGGUUGGAUUGGAUUGAUUGUUGUUUCAAUGUAUUAUUGUAGGCUCCAGUUUUCUCUUUCUCAUCAUGUUUUCUCAUCCUUUGUCUUGAAGGAUUAAUUCAGUAAACCUUUUCAAGAACCCGAUUGGUUACAUUUCA